GCGAAGGUCGAAUGGAGGGAGGGCGGAGGUCACACAAAUCAAGCGGGUGGAGAGAGGAGGUUGCGGAGCGAGAGCACAGGUCGAGUGGAGGUGAGGCUGGCCGGAGAUCAGGUGGAUGGAAGGAGGAGGCCACGGAGGGCGAAAGGAGGGAGGGAGGAAGGAGGGGAUGAACUCCGCCGACAAUCCGACGGAGGGAGGGAGGAGGUUGCUGAGGUCGAGCAGAGGGGGAAAGGAGGUUCGACAGAGGAGGGAGGAAGGAGGACGGAAGAAAGGGGGAACAUGGUCGUGCAGAGGUCAUGUGGAGAGUGGGAGGAGGUCGCUGAAGUCGGGCAGGCAGAGGCGAGAUGGAGGAGGGAGAGAGGAGGGAGGACGUGAUAGGAAGGAGGCAGCCAGGCAAAAGUGGGAUGGAGGGAGGAAGGUCCAAGGGAGGAGGCUGAGGGCACGCACAGGUGAGAUCCAGUGGAGACCAAGCAGAGGGAGCAAAGCCGCGGUGAAGGUCGGGUGGAGGUCAGCUGGACAGACGGAGGUGGUAAGAACGGCAACAAUUGGAGGGAGGAAAGGCAGGGGUGCAGACAUGAAGGAGAUCGGGCGCAAGUCGAGCAGAGUUCUGGCGGAGGGAGGGGAAGGACGGACGGAGACGGAAGGGAAGCAGUCAAUCGAUGAUGCUGAGAAACCACAUCUGCAAGCACUCUUGGAUGGUGCUAUAAAACGGGAACAGGAGUCAGAGAAGGAGAGGAAGGAGGCCUUGCUGAGAAGGCAAGUAGCCCUCCUAGAGACUGUUCCCUCACUGACUGAAGAGCAGUGCGGGGAACAGCUGCAGUCCAUCCUUACAGCCUUUGUUCAAAUCAGGAAUCUUGAGGACCAUACCACUCAGAUCGCUGAAGUCUUUGCAAACCUGCAGACACUUCAGGAUGAUCUGACUGAGAUGACCCUCAAGUACCAUGAACUGACAAAGGAGGUGGCGGAUCUGCGACAAGCCCAAGUGGCCAACCCUCUUCCUCUACCUCCUGGAGCUGAAGCUGCAAUCGAAACUACCUCUGCCCCUCUUACUGUAUCUUCUUCUACCUCUUCUUCGAGUGUGAUGGCAACCCCUUCGGGACCUGCAGCAGGUGCAGAUUCCACUGUUGUUGUAACAAGCAAUGAGGCUGGAACUUCUGCAAUUGUUGCAGCCCCAAGGCCGGAACCAACUGCUGCUGGUCCCAGCCACGCCAGUCCCUAUGUGGACCGAAAGGCGGUUCAAACACCGUCCAAGUACGAUGGCAAGGAAGACAUCGAGUCCUGGAUAGGCUCCAUGAGGGCCUACUUUGAGAUUUUGGGGACUCAAGCUGAGACCCAGACAAUUAUCAUGGGUAUGAAUGUCGAGCCAGUCGUACGGGGCUUCCUAGAAGUCCAAGCAACGAGGGCUGGGUUUCAAAAGUCUGCACUAGCCAAAUGGCUAAGGUCCACCCCGGUUGCCUCCCUCGAAGAACUCCUUAUCUCAGAAUACCAAGAUCCACAUGUUGCUACUAAAGCGAGGAUUCAACUGGAUAAAGUAAAGCACAACAAGUGGAAUGGUUCCAUGAAAAACCUGCAGACCUAUCUAAGCAAGUUGUUUGCCACUCCUGGUUUGGAAUUGUCCACUCGAUCUUGCUUAGAUGUGGUCAAGGGCGCGGUUCCAACUAACUUCACUAGUCGCGUGGGCAGGAACUACAUUGCCUAUACUGACUGGCUUGCCUUAAUGAAGGAUGUAGUCAGUCUGGAGGCCAUGGACCUCGUUAGCACGACAACCAGCAAAAAGCCCAUGGGCGGCAGACAGUUCAAGGGCAGCAACCGUUUUGUUGUGCAUGACCUGCUGGAGGCCGAAGGAGAAGCCGAUGCGGUUGACCCCACUCUUGGUGACGACCAAGAACAGGACUCCGAUAUAGCUUGUUCUUCAGCCCAUGAACAAAAGCCCAUGGGGCUACUCACACCCCUACCCAUUCCUGAUGGUCCCGGGGAGUUUGUCUCCAUCGAUUUCACUGACAUGGGUAAGGUAAGCAAGAAUGGGUUUUCACAAGUCAUGGUGAUUGUUGACCGAUUUUCAAAGUUUCUUUAUCUGAUCCCUCUACCGCCUCACGCCCCAACAGAUCUAGUGAUUCACCAAUUCCAGCAGAAAUACCUGCUGCAAUUCGGAACCCCGAAGACUCUUGUGAGCGAUCGGGACCCGCGUUUCAUUAGCGCUGAAUGGAAGGAGUUCACGUCUCACCAAGGAAUCAAAUUGUGCAUGACAUCUGGCCGACACCCCAAAGCCAACGGUUUGGCUGAGGAGAUCAAUCACAUUGUAUUCCAACUACUCCGUGCUUUGAUCAUUCCUGAUCAAGAAACAUGGGAUGAGGAGCUGUAUUCCGUCAAGGGGUUGUACAACAACUCCGUACACUCUGCCACGGCCACGACGCCCAACAGGCUGCACUACGGGUGGCAGAUCCGCAAUACGCUCUCCUACUUGUUCCCUGAGCAGCCGGCUGGUUUAACACCCGGCAGGCCCGGCUUCAGGGAUAAGUAUGAUCGCUUGCUCAAAGUUGUUGUUGCAGCUAUGACCAAGCGACAGCAUGCCAUGAUUCAUCAUGUGGACAAGAAGCGUAAACCAUCGGAGAUUCAGGUAGGAAGUUAUGUCUGGGUAAAGAUGUCUGAAUUCUCAGAAGAGGAGGGAGUCUCACGCAAACUCCUCCCACUCUACUACGAGCCUUGGGAAGUUCUGGAUGUAAUUGGGGAAGAUCAUUUUGGCCCUUCGUACGUUGUGGACGUGCCAGCUUACCUGCGCACUUAUCCCAUGUUUCACGCACCUAAACUGAAUCUCCAUCGUGAUUUCGAGACAUUCGAUUAUCGUGAAGAUAUGAUCCCUCGCGCAAUCAAGGGCGGGCAUGAGAUAGAUAGGAUCAAACAACAUGUAGGUACAGGGAGAAACAGACAGUACCAGGUUCAUUUCAGGUAUCACCCGUUAGAUGAUCUCUACUGGAUGUCCAAACAGGAACUGCUACGCAGCGCACCACGCGUUGGUGAAAGCUUAUGAGCGACAGAUCGCCGCUAACGCCAUACCGAAGAUCGCAACAAAGCUCUCUGCAAUAG